AUGUCAAAUUCUGCUGACGCAUUUAAACUCUUAAUGGAGACUCAAAACAAAAGCACUCCUCUUGUAAAAAGGAAGCCUCAACGACUCUCUUUUCGAGAUAACUUGCGAGCGUACAUUGAACAUCCUCAGGCCCACAACAAUGUGUUAUAUUACGAUGAAGAUUUUGUCUUUAUCAGGGACAAGUAUCCAAAAUCAAAAAUGCAUUUGCUGUUGAUGCCACGGGAUCCCUCGGUAACGUUGGUUCACCCUUUGGAAAUCCUAGGAAAGCACAGGCCAUUAGUAGACAAGUUGAAUUUUAUGGUGUUUCAAAAACUUCCGGAUUUAAUAAUGAAAGAGGCUAGAAACAGUCUUUUUCCGGAUUCUGAUUUAUCCUCAAGGGUCCCUUCAAAAUCGCUUUGGGAUUUCAUCAAAUUAGGAUUCCAUGCAGGACCGUCCAUGAAUAAUCUUCAUUUGCAUGUUAUGACCCGGGAUCACGUGUCUCCAAGUAUUAAACAUAAUGCUCAUUACAUUUCAUUUAACUCUCCAUUUUUUGUUAACAUUGACACUCCUGUCUCUCAGCUUCCGGUUCGGGGAUCGCUUUCCUACUUAUUCCAACAAGAUGUAUGUUGUUAUCGUUGUGAUGAAUCUUUUGGAAGGCAAUUUUCCAAGCUAAAAGGCCAUCUAUCAGAGGAGUUGGAAUCAUGGUUACAGGAAACUUUGGAACGUGAAGCAUUACAUACUUGA